ACACAAACAAAAUGUUUGCGUUUAAUUGGGUCGGACCCUCUUCACCUAAACAUUCUAUUCAAGGCCACCCUGGCCUCCCUAUCACGCGCUCGCACGCAGACAAACACUCACUCCCACCCUCGCCUCUAACAGACACACACACACACACACUUAACUGUGAGCUCUUUCUGGAGAUCCGGAUUCAUUUAUUUCGAUUCAUUAAGAAGACCUAUGUGACAAAACAAGAAAGCUAA